AGGAAGAUCCUUGUAUUCCAAAAAAAGAGGUUGAAUACCUAAAUACAUUUUCAACUAAAGAUGAUAUAGGAACUAAGACUGGUUUGUUGGUAUCAGUUCCAAGUAUUGUACGCUUUCCUAUCGUCAUGCUGUCCGGGGUGUGUGCUGAUUAUAUCAUUCAUUGUAGGUACUUAAGUGUUGCGAAUACAAGGAAGUUGUUCGUAAUUCUAAAUAUUGGCGUGACGGGUGUCUGUUUUGUUGUUCUAGCUUACGCUGGUGACAAUAUUGUGACAUUCAUGAUUUUUCUGACGAUUGCCUUUGGUGCGCUUGGGUUCUGUGGAGCAAGUAUUUUACCGAACCCAAUGGACAUAUCAAAAACAUAUUCAGGAAUAAUUGUAGGAAUGAUGGUUACUACAGGUGGAUGUGCUGGAUUUAUCGGCCCACUAAUUCUUGCUCUAAUAAUAGAGAAUGACAAUACAUUUGAACGAUGGUCUUCGAUGUUCAUGAUAACUGCUGCAGUUGAAUUCUUUGGGAUGGUGUUCUUUCUAAUAUUUGCUAAAGGACAGAAACAAGAGUGGUCAGAAAUUGACACAAGACAAAAUGAAGAGAUGAGAGCCCUAGUUAAUAAAUAA